GCGACGAAGCCACAUCCAUCAACAACACUUGGAUGUUCAUCACAUUCAGCGGUGAUCUUUGUGGGUGUCUUACAAACUCGCUGGCAUCCAGGCUUCUAUGCUGUAUCCUUCCUGUGGACCGUUACGCAAUCACUUCGGAACAAAUCAACCUAACGGUCCAGGCAGCGUGCUGGGAGAUUGUGCAGUCGUUCAAAAAGCUGGGAGAGGAUGGCCUGGUAAUUCAGGAUCUGCCUUCAAUGGGAGGUGGGCCUGUUUCCAGGCUAUUCUUCUACGUUGCCGGGUUCCGGGGCGACUGGAAGGCGCUCAAGCAAGUCUUUAAUUUUGAUAGGUACGCAGACCGUGACGAGGUUUGCUGGAAGUGCUCAGCCACCAAGGGCUCGCACGAUGUUGCUUAUGCUUUCACAGACACCCGUGAGUGUGCCAGAUUUUGGGAAGAUCUCCAUACGCAGUGCCCCUGGAAGUAUUUGCCUGCUUACGCCACGCUGCCGGGCUUCGAAAUCAGCGCCAUCGUGCCCGAUCUGCUGCAUGUUUGGCAUCUUGGCGUCGGCCGGGAUGUGUUGGGUUCAAGUCUAGUCAUUAUGUUGAGCAACGGCGUGUUUGGGCCAGGGUCCGCGAUGAACAAGCUUAUGGAAGCCACAAACCGUUUGCGUCGCUUUGCAAGUUCUUCUGGAUACUCGCUCCGGCUGAAGAAGUUGACCAAGAACAAACUGAAUUGGAAACAGCGAUGCUAUCCAGAGCUUAAGAGUUCUGGCUAUGAUACGUUUGCGGUCCACCAGUGGGUAAUGAACGAGUUACACACUUUCCCUGAGUCGCUACCUGCUGACCUCGUUGCUUGCCUUUGGGCCUCCAACCAUUUCUUGAGCAUCUGGACGAACGCAGGAAGGUGGUUGAGCCCAGCUGAGCACGCCAACGCGAAGGAAGCUGGCAAGAUUUUCAUGCAAGCGCAUUGCGCCUUGGCAAAGAAAGCUGCUAGGGAUCAAGUGCGUUUGUACAAAGCGCGGCCCAAACUGCACCUUUUGCACCAUCUGGUGCGACAAGAGACGCUGAAAAAUCCGCACUACUUCGCCACUUGGAUGGAUGAGGAUGGGCUAAAGAAGUUAAUGAAGGUUUUGAAGCUCAGUGAUGCCAGAAGCGCCGAAAAGCGCUUGUUGCAGAGAUGGCUACUCGGAUUGCCUGACACGUGGAAGCAG